CAAUUCAAGAUUAUCAAUCUCAAAUAAUUACAGAAGAAAGCUUAAAAGAAAAGCUAAAUAAAAAUUUGAAAGAUUUACCAACAGGAACAUUAAGACAAUUAGUCUGUAACCUCUUCUAUACGACAUUAGAAAGAGAAUCUAAACAACUAACAAAAAUGAACAUACCACCUGAAUUUCAAGAAAUAAUUAGAACAGUACAAGCAAUAGCUGAACUUCAAACAGCAGUUGAAGAAAUAGGACAAUUCAAAUACUUCCUAACUCAAACAGAAUUGAGAAUAGAUUAUAUAAGAGCAAAUAUAGGACUAGGAAGAAUAAUAACAUUAGAAAAUUUAAACAGCUCAAUAACAGAGCAAAAAGAACGUCUAAAAGAAAUUAUUGAAACAUACGAAGAUAUUGAAGAACAACAGAAAGAUAAAUUAAAACAAUUAUUAGAAGAAUUAUUCCUAAUAAUAAGGAAAGAAUCAACCUUUGACGGUCUAACAAGAGAAUUAGCAGAAGUAUCAAUAAAAAUAAAGAAAACAAUCCAACAACUAAAUCAAGUAGGAAUACGAUUACAAGAAGAAAACCUACUAGUAACAUUACCAAAUAAUACUCAAGAUGAGUCAGAAAUCUAG